AUGAAGCGGCGAGCAACCUCCAGGAAGCAAACCAAGAAGCCCGCCAAGCGUCGCAACUCCACACCCACCCGUUCGACCCGCGCAUCUGCUGCAACCCCUCCGCCCACCACCCCGACUCCCACCCCCACUUCUAAUCUUGACAUGCCCGACGCCACAAUGGCCGAGCCUGUCACAGUCCCCGCUGCAAAGGAUAGCAUCGAUGACUACUCCCUCAUUCAGGUCACCGAUCCAUCCGAGAAAGACAACGCCGACUUCAAGUAUUUCUUCAACAAGGACGGUCUCGGCGUCAUCAAUCCGCUGCACGACAUCCCACUCUACGCGGACAAGGAGAAUGGCAUCUUCAACUUUGUCUGCGAGAUCCCCAGAUGGACCAACGCGAAGCUUGAGCUCCACACGAAGAGCCCUCUCGCCCCCAUUGUCCAGGAUACCAAGAAGGGCAAGAAGCGUUUUGUUCACAACGUCUACCCUUAUAAGGGCUAUAUCUGGAACUACGGCUGCUUCCCGCAGACAUGGGAGGAUCCCACCCAGGUCCACAUGGAGACCGGUGCCCUGGGAGAUGGUGACCCGCUGGAUGUGUGUGAAAUUGGGAAGGAUGCCUGCCGUGUUGGAGAAGUCAUGCAAGUCAAGGUUCUCGGUGUGCUUGGCAUGAUCGACGAGGGUGAGAUGGACUGGAAGGUCGUCGUCGUCAACAUUAACGAUCCUCUCGCCAAGGAGAUGAAUGACAUCGAAGAUCUCUAUCGCGUCUUGCCGGGUCUACUCCACGCCACCUUUUCCUGGUUUAGGACCUACAAGGUACCCGACGGAAAGGAUCUGAACGUCUUCGCCUUCCGCGAGCAAGUCCAGUCAGCGCAUUAUGCGAACGAGGUCAUCGAGGAGUGCCAUGAAAGCUGGAAAAAGCUUAUCAGCGGCCAGAUCUCGCACAAGAACAUCAACUGCCUCAAUACAACCUUAAAGGACUCAAAGUUCUUCACCUCCGCUGAGAAAGCUCGCAUCAUUGUUGAUGAUUCGAUCAAGGAGAUGGAGUCAAGGUCCAACUCGGACUCCAAAGAUGGCGUGCUCGGCCGCUCGAACUCGUGGUUGGACAUGACUCACAUCCCGCCUCCAGAGUUCCACAACGACGAGAAGGCGUUGGGUGCGAUCAAGCCCAUGAUGACGAUUAAGCGUUUCUGCACGGAGCUGCAACGCAAGUUCCCGCACGGUUCUAACGAUCUUUCUUUGCUCAUUACGGAGCUUGGCGUGGCUUUCAAGUGCGUUCGCGCCCAGCUUUGCGAUGCGCCCAACGCCAACUUUUCGGCUCUGCAAUCGUUUGCCAACUCGCAGAUUCACGCGUCGCUUGCGUCGUCUGGGUUGUGUUGCUUGAUUUUCAGCUCGACGUCUAACCAACCCAUGGCCCUGGAACCAGGGACGGAUGUCGGUAACUACAUCGUGGUUUAUAAUCCUUUGUGCGGUGUUCCGGGUGCGUCACUGGGAUCUAUCUUUUCGGUAUACUAUCGCAAAUCAGCUCCUGGAAAGGAGGGCGACACAGCGGAUUUGCUUCAAAGACCAGGUUAUGAACAGGUUGCGGCUGGGUACUGCAUGUACGGGUCGUCUACGUGUCUGACGUUUAGCAUGGGGUACGGAGUGCAUGUGUUUACACUUGACGGCGUUUCCGGACACUUCGUGAUGUCGAGGCAACAUGUUCACAUCCCGGCGACUGGGCCAUUGUAUUCGGUCGACACAUCCGUUUUGCCAAACGUCGUGGAUGGGGUACGCAAGUUUGUUGAUGAACUGGAAGAAAGCAAUAGCGGGAAAAAGUUCAGGCAUUUGAAUAACUUGGUUGCCAACUUUCAUAACGUGUUGACCAAGGGAGGAAUUCUAAUGCUCCCGGGACCUCAGAAGAAGGACCUGGCCAAAUUUUUGACUGAGGCGGCGCCGCUUGCGUUUGUGGCCCGACAGGCUGGGGGACGGGCGUCGGUUGGCAAGCGGCACUUGCUGGAGCUGUCCGCAUGGAGCCUCGAGAUGAGCGUACCGCUGUUCGUUGGGUCUAUGACGGAAGUGAACCGACUAGAGGAACUGGUGCUUGGUCACGCGAUUGAAGAGAAGAAUAAGGUAGACCCCAGUAAGAUGCACACCAUUUAAGCUGGCGACCGAAUUUGCAGGGGUAGAGAGUGAGGGAUCAGUAGAGAGGGUUUGAGAUGGACAUUUGGUUUUCGUUGUAGUGCAGAGAUAUCCAUUAAAGCGUAUCGAGAUUGGGCCGCAUG